GCUUUGAAAGCAGCAUUAGCUCCGUCAACUUGUUGCACAACAGAGAAACGCCCCCUCCUCUCUGUAUUUUAGCCCCAGCUCUCUGCCUCUCAGUGCCACUGCCUCAGCUCUCUCUCUGCUCACUGUUAAUCAGAUCGCUAACAUGGCUGCUAACCGAGUGAUCGUUUAUGGAGGAAAAGGAGCUCUGGGCUCAAAGUGUGUCCAACAUUUCAAAUCCAAAGGAUGGUGGGUUGCUUGCAUCGACAUGGCUGCAAACGAGGAGGCGAAUGAGAACGUGAUUGUGAAGUUGGGUGAAUCUUUCAACGAGCAGGCGGGACAGGUGACGGCAGAUGUGUCCCGGUUGCUAGGGGAGAACAAGGUGGAUGCCAUCUUGUGUGUGGCAGGAGGAUGGGCGGGAGGAAGCUGUAGUUCCAAAGAUUUAUACAAAAACACAGAUAUGAUGUGGAAACAGAGUGUGUGGACCUCCACUAUCUCCAGCCACCUCGCGGCUCUGCACCUAAAACCAGGCGGACUGUUGACUUUGUCUGGAGCCAAAGCAGCUCUGUCAGGCACUGGAGGCAUGGUGGGCUACGGCAUGGCCAAAGCUGCCGUCCACCAGCUGUGUCAGAGUCUCGCAGCGAAAAACAGCGGCAUGCCUUCAGGAGCCGCUGCUGUGGCUAUACUACCGGUUACCUUGGAUACGCCAAUGAACAGGAAGUUCAUGCCUGACGCAGAUUUUGGUUCCUGGACACCGCUGGAGUACAUCGCAGAAAUGUUCUUUAACUGGGCCACAGGAGUGAACCGGCCGUCAUCUGGAAGCCUGAUGCAGCUGCUAACCUCUGGAGGCGAAACCCAGGCUGUGGCCACGCAGUAGAGGAUGGAGAGUGGAGACGGUGAUGGGGGUUGGGAGAGAGACAGAGAGGGAGGCAGAUAGGCAGAGAGAGGGAGAGAUAGGGACAGAGAGAAACCCAGAGACUGGUAGAAAGAAGAGGAGGUGGCGGAAGAUAUGAGGAGUAAUGAAGAGGGUUGGAGGGUGUGGUGGUAAAGAAAAGAGAUGGAUAAAAUAGGGAGGUGGAGAGGGGACAGCUAGAUGGGUUUGUUUUGGAAAGAUGAGGAGGGCUUUCAUAGCAAGUACAGCCUCAGAGUGCCAUCUAGCUGUAAACCCCUGCAAUGACCUCACUGUAACAGUCAGUCUGUGUUAUACCUCCAGGAAUGGUAUGGACACACUCUCUGCUACACUCUCAAAAUAUUCUUUAGAAGAUCAGUGAAUAUGUUUUGUGUGUCUGCUUUUGGUCAGGACUGUGUAGAAGUGUUCGGUUUUAGAUGCAUUUAUAAUUGGUUAUACCACACAUAAUUCCGUGUCAUAGCAGUGUUGUUGAUCAUUAUGGAGAAAAACGCUGAAAAUGAAUCAGCUGCUCUUUUCAAAAUGCAGAUUAGCAACUUCAUACCUGCAGUCAUUUUCUUUAACAUCUGUGAAAUCCAACACAUGAAGGUAUUGGUCCACUGUAACAUGUAAGAUGUCUAGAACUUUUUAGUUUGCACUGUUUAUCAUCCCUGAGCGUCCUCUGCCACUGUGGAAACCUCUAAGCCG